AUGGCCUCAGAAAAGAAAAAGACCGCAAUUGUGGUCGGUGCUGGAGUAGGAGGCAUAGCAACAGCAGCACGUCUCGCCAAAGCCGGAUUCAAUGUCACGGUUCUCGAGAAGAACAAUUACACGGGCGGCAGAUGCAGUAUAAUUUCCCACGAAGGCUACCGGUUCGACCAAGGCCCCUCUCUCCUCCUCCUCCCCAAGCUCUUCGAGGAGACAUUCUACGAUCUCGACACUUCGCUCGAGGCGGAAGGCGUGGAACUGUUGAAAUGCGACCCGAAUUACAAUUUGUGGUUCGGUGAUGGAGAGCGAUUCGAGCUCAGCAGCGAUACGGCGGUCAUGAAGCGCGAGAUUGAGAAGUGGGAAGGCAAAGAUGGGUUCGAGAGGUAUCUCAAAUGGUUAGCAGAGGCACACCGACAUUAUGAGGUUAGUGUGAGGGAGGUUCUGCAUAAGAAUUUCACUUCGGUGUUUAAUCUGCUGCGGCCGACCUUUUUGGUCAAUCUGUUCGAUUUACAUCCGUUUGAGAGUAUAUACUCCAGGGCAUCGAGGUAUUUCUGGACGGAGAGGUUAAGAAGGGUGUUUACCUUCGGGAGUAUGUAUAUGGGAAUGAGUCCAUUCGAUGCUCCUGGAACAUAUUCGCUACUUCAAUAUACGGAAUUGGCGGAGGGGAUCUGGUAUCCGGUUGGUGGAUUUCAUGCUGUGGUUGCGGCAUUGGUUAGAGUCUGCGAGAGAAUGGGUGUUGAUAUACGGCUAUCGACACCGGUGUCGCAAGUUGUUAUGGCGUCAGAUGGAAAGACAGUGACCGGUAUUAAGACAGAAUCAGGAGAAACUCUGACCGCUGAUAUCGUCGUCGUAAACGCCGACCUGGUCUACGCCUACAACAACCUUUUCCCUCAAACCACCCCCUCAUCCACCAAAUCAUACGCCAACUCCCUCACAAAACGAGCAGGCUCAUGUAGUUCCAUAUCAUUCUACUGGUCUCUCUCCCAAAAAAUCCCCGAACUCCAAACCCACAACAUCUUCCUCGCAGACGAAUACCGCGAAUCCUUCGACGCAAUCUUCGACCGCCAAUCCAUUCCCCACGAACCAAGUUUCUACGUCAACGUCCCCUCCCGCGUCGACCCCACCGCCGCUCCAGAAGGAAAAGAAGCAAUCGUAAUCCUCGUCCCCGUAGGCCACCUCCAAAACACCCGCACCACAUCCCCUUCCACCCCAGGCCUCCCAGCCGAACUAGACUGGCCUGCCCUCAUAACCUCCGUCCGCAAAUCCAUCAUCCGCAUCAUCGAAACCCGCACCUCGUGCGCCUCCAUUGAGCCUCUCAUCACAAACGAAAUCACCAAUUCCCCGCUCUCAUGGGAAUCAGAAUUUAAUCUCUCCAAGGGCUCGAUCCUAGGUCUCUCUCAUUCUUUCUUCAACGUCUUAGCUUUCCGUCCGCAAACGCGCGCCAAGGGGCUCAAAAAUUGUUACUUUGUGGGCGCGUCGACGCAUCCUGGGACUGGUGUCCCGAUUGUGCUGGCGGGCGCGAAGAUCACGACGGCGCAGGUGCUCGAUGAUCUUGGGAUGGAGAAGCCAUGGGGGAAGGGUGUGAGUUUGAUGCCGGAAACGAAGAAGAGGGGCGAUAUUGAUGUUGUGAAGAGGGAUUGGGCUUUGUUAAGUGAUCUGGGAAUUUGGAUUCUGGCGGGUAUAGUGAUGAUAGUGAUGUUGAUGUAUGUUAAUAGCGGCGUUGUGGUACAGUGGAAACCGGAGGUUAAGAGCGGGAUUAAGGGGUGGGGGAGUGGUAAUUAG